AACCAUGGGGUGAGCACUACAUUGUUGGAGAAUUUGAAGUCAGGCGUUCAAGAAUUCUUUAAUCUCCCAAUGGAAGAGAAGAAGAAGUUUUGGCAACAUCCGGGAGAUCUUGAGGGAUUUGGGCAGGCCUUUGUUGUGUCUGAAGAGCAGAAGCUUGAUCGGGCAGACUUAUUCUACAUGAUCACUCUUCCAACCCAUUUGAGGAAGCCCUACUUGCUCCCUGAGUUCCCUCAGCCAUUCAGAGAUACCUUAGAAGCUUACUCAGUUAAAUUGAAAGCUCUUGCCAUGAAAAUCCUUGACCUCCUGGCAAAAGCUCUCAAAAUGGAAGCUAUGGAUAUGAAGGAGUUGUUUGAAGAAGGGUGGCAAAGCUUUAGGAUGAACUAUUAUCCUCCUUGUCCACAACCAGAGCUUGUCAUUGGCCUCAAUCCUCACUCUGAUGCUGUUGGCCUAACAAUCCUCCUACAAGUCAAUGAAAUGGAGGGUCUCCAGAUAAGAAAAAAUGGGAUGUGGACUCCUGUUAAACCCCUCCCUAAUGCUUUUGUGGUCAACAUUGGAGAUAUCCUGGAGCUGGUGACGAAUGGUCUAUACCAAAGCAUCGAGCAUCGAGCGACGGUUAACUCGGAGAAGGAGAGGCUCUCUAUAGCAGCAUUUUACAGCCCAAAGCUGGAUGGGGAUAUGGGACCAGCACCAAGCCUUGUUACAGCGGAGAGACCAGCAUUGUUCAAAAGAAUAGGUGUUGCAGAAUACUUCAGGGGAUUUUAUUCCCGCGAACUAAGUGGAAAAUCAUAUGUAGAUGUCAUGAGGAUCCAAAAUGAUACCCAUUAAUUAAUAUGACAAGUCAAUAACUACCUUAAAAUGAGGUAUAUAAAUGUCGUACAACUUAUUGGAUGCUAAUGGAUUGUC